AUGGCAGACACGACAAAGGUACCUCUCCCAGUAGGAGCCGGCUAUGGCGUCGUCGUGGGAAUCGGCUUCUUCUUCGCCUUCCUCAUGAUGGGAAUCUCCUGGCUCCAAAACAGAUAUACCCGCUACUCAACCCAAUCAUCCGAAGAGUUCAACACUGCCUCUCGCUCCGUCAAACCCGGUCUCAUCGCAUCUGGUAUCGUCUCGGCAUGGACCUGGGCUGCCACUUUGCUCCAGUCCUCCACGGUAGCCUACCAAUACGGUGUCGCAGGGCCGUUUUGGUACGCAGCUGGAGCUACAGUUCAGAUUCUCAUGUUCUCGAUCCUGGCAUGCAAGGUCAAACAAAACGCGCCGAGAUGUCAUACGUACCUUGAGAUUGUGAAAGCAAGAUAUGGAACUGUGGCGCACCUGGUGUUUAUGGUGUUUGCCUUUGUGACGAAUAUUUUGGUAGGCAGUCAGCUUUUGCUGGGUGGUAGUGCGGUUGUUACGAGCUUGACGGGUAUGCCAGUUUAUGCUGCUGUAUUUUUGAUUCCGGUGGGUGUCUGUGCAUAUGUUAUUCUUGGUGGUCUACGAGCGACUUUUAUCUGCGACUACAGCCAUACCUUGAUCCUCAUGAUCAUCAUCCUCUACUUCAUGUUCAACGCGUACGCUGUCAGUCCUCUGAUCGGCUCACCCAGCGAAAUGUACGAGUUGCUCAAGAAAGCUGGAACCCAGCGCCCGAUCGAAGGAAACCAUAACGGUUCAUACGUUACCUUGAAGUCAAACUUUGGUUUGAUCUUCGGUGUCAUCCAACUUUGCUCUGGGUCCGGAACUGUGUUCCUUGAUCAAGCCUACUGGCAGCGUGCAAUCGCUUCGAAGCCAUCGACUGCCGUACGCGCUUAUCUGCUAGGAGGAAUCGCCUGGUUCGCCAUUCCCUUUGGCUUUUCAACGACGCUUGGUCUCGCGGCUGUGGCGCUCACGGACAACCCACGAUUCCCUACAUAUCCUGAGGUACCUACCUCGGGGCAGAUCUCAUCAGGCCUGGCCGCUGCCUUUGCUGCGGAGACGUUGAUGGGGCAAGGAGGUGCCGUUGCAUUGCUGGUGGUUCUCUUUAUGGCAGUCACAUCAUGCGCAUCUGCAGAACUCAUCGCCGUCUCCUCGCUCCUAACUUUCGACGUUUACAAGGCCUACAUCUCGCCCAAAGCCUCGCCGAAGCAGCUGGUCUUCGUUUCGCACCUCAUGAUUUGCGCAUUCGGAUUGAUCAUGUCUGUAUUUGCUUGCAUCUGGAAUGCGGCUUCAAUCGACCUUGGGUGGUUAUUCCUUGUCAUGGGCCUCCUGAUCGGCGGUGCCGUCUUCCCAACCGCCUUCGCCAUAACAUGGCGAAAGCAAACCAAAGUUGGCGCUAUAUCUGGCUGUCUCUCCGGCCUUGCCGCAGGUCUCACUGCAUGGCUAGCAACAGCGAAGAGCUACUACGGUGAAAUCACUGUGGAGACUACGGGCAUGUCCUAUCCCACCUUAGCCGGUAACUUGGCAGCCAUCAUGACCGGACUUAUCGUAACGACCACAAUCACCUUGAUCAAGCCAGACAAUUUCGAUUGGGAGAUCACUCGUGCUAUUAACGCCGUGGUGACUGAUGGCGUGAACCAAGACAUCGCUUCAACACCUAGAGAUGCUUCUACACCCGAACUCUCCGACUCUGGCGAGAAGAAGAUCGCGACAGACGCCACGACGCAACCCGAGGCAGCCGUAGCGGAGCUGCCGCCUCAUCUCGCGCCUACGACAGAAGAAGAAGACGACCCUUCGACACUACGCCGCGCCUUCAAACUCGCCUGCAUUUCCGCGUUCGUGUUAACCUUCAUUCUUGACUUCCUGCUUCCCAUGCCCAUGUUCUUCUCACAUUACAUCUUCUCCAAGGGCUUCUUCACCGGAUGGGUGGUGGUCAGCUUUAUUUGGGUGUUUGCUAGUAGUGCGAUUAGUUGUUUGUUGCCAAUCUGGGAGACAAGAGGGAGUUUCGCAAAGUUAUUUAGGAAGAUUGGCGAGGAUUUUAGGAAGAGAGGUUGA